AUGCUGAUCUCGAGAUUACUUAUUCGCAUCGCAUUGCUGCUGCUUCCUGUAGCUUCCAUCGGCACAACAUGGCUGUACUUGUACCCAAUCUUCCACGGCUGCGCGUUCCCCACUCCACCAUCCACACAUCCGCAGCCCCUGGCGCCCUUUCGCCUCCUGUCACUCGGUGACCCGCAACUCGAAGGCGACUCGUCGCUACCUGACCCCAACGCCCUCAUCUUUCCGUCCGUCGAGUUCCUUGUCACUGAUCUCCGCGAUGCAGAAGAUUUUGCUGAGAGGAUCGAUAUUGUAAAUGAAGCCGCAAGGGGCGUUGUAAAAAACGCGCGGAAAUGGUUGGAGGGAAAGAGAAAGGAAGUUGAUCUCUGGGGAAAUGAUCGCUAUUUGGCGCAUAUUGUGAGGAGCUUGCGGUGGUGGACUCAACCAACGCACAUCAGUGUGCUGGGAGACUUGCUCGGCAGCCAAUGGGUUACUGAUGGCGAGUUCAGUAAACGUGCGGGAAGAUACUGGAACACCGUCAUGAAAGGGCUGGAGAAAGUGCCGGAUGCCAUAUUUGGUGUUGAGCCUGAGUUGCCCAAGGAAGAGCCAACGAAGCCAGCCGUAGAGCAGAAUGCGGAACAAAAAGGUGAUGGCAUAGGCGGAGAUUCCGAGACAGCAGAGCCGACUACACAGCCUACCGUUGAACAGGAAGAUGAAGGUAGAGAUGAAGAGGCAGAAGCAGUAGUCGAUAAGGAAGAGAAGCCGGAGCGAAAAGCAUAUUGGGGUGGCACAAAAGAAGUCCUUGGCGCAGACACUUGUUGGGAGAAGCGCGUAAUCAACAUCGCAGGAAACCACGACGUUGGAUAUGCAGGAGAUAUCGAUCAGUCGCGCAUUGACCGGUUCGAGCGAGCCUUUGGUAGCGUCAACUGGGACAUAUGGUUUACACUGCCCGACGCACUGCGCUCUAACGAGACGGCCCAUGUAUCAAGACGACACCCCGACAGACCACCAACCCUCCGCCUUGUCGUCCUGAAUUCUAUGAACUUGGACACGCCUGCUUGGUCCCCAGAUCUACAGACUGAAACGUACAACUUCCUGAACUACAUCAUCUCCAAUUCGCUCCCCGUCAAUGACAAAACGCACGCAACUAUCCUUCUCACGCACAUUCCUUUGGAGAAGGAAAACGGCAUAUGCGUCGACAGUCCAUACUUUGAUUUUUUUGAAAGCGGACACGGAUUGAAGGAGCAGAAUAUGCUGUCAGAUCAUUCUAGCAGAACAGUCCUGGAAAGUCUCUUUGGCAUGAGCUGGAAGAGGUAUGUCGCUGGCCUAGGAAUGGGCAGAAGGGGCGUUAUUAUCAACGGACACGAUCACGCUGGCUGUGAUGUCGUCCAUUACAUCAGGCAACGCGGUGUCGAGGAUACGUGCCAACCGGAAGCGAUCAUGGAGGAAGAUGCAUACUGGCUGACCCGGGCUGCUAACGAAACCAUGAUCCCCACACCAACAGAUAUUGAUAGCUCGGGUAUCAAUAUAGUCGCUGCCAACGACACUGAUGCCGAGCAAGACGCACCGCCUGAUGUUGAUGCUGCGUCUGAGUCUUCCACAGAGUCUUCUCAGCCUACAGAAACGUCUACACCAAAUCCUCCAACACCAGCAUGGCGUGCUCGCCGCUUUCCGCACCGCCGUUACGAAAUUACGCCCGAUAACGAAUGUACUGAUAUCAAUGCUUCCCCUCACAUCCGUGAGAUCACGCUGCGCAGUAUGAUGGGCGAGUACUCUGGUUACGCGGGUUUCUUGUCUGCCUGGUUCGACGAGCAAAAGGGCGAGAGGGGUGAAUGGGUGUUUGAGUUUAGUACGUGCGGGCUUGGCGUACAACACUGGUGGUGGGGGAUUCAUAUUGUGGAUUUGGUGCUGGUCAUUGCCCUAUUUGGUGCGGUUGUUGCCCGAGUGGUGGAGCAGUUGGUAACUUUACAGGGUGUAGAAGAGAGAAAGAAGUCUACUGAGCUGGAUACAAGUGACGUAAAAUCCAGUGAGAAGGAGACUGCUGUGUAUAGCAGCACAAGCGCUAGAACGGCUUCGGUUAGUGGAGUCACGAAGCGACGGAUAUAG